CAUGCUAUCCUCUGAUUGGCUGUGGUUUGUUGUCCAACUAAAACGCAGAGCGGGCGCUGAUGCGUACUUCGCAGCUCGAGCUCUGCAGCUCUGAUCUGCUCUAACAUCGCUGGUGCGUGCAGCUGUUGGCUGACCGCGCGCGCUCACUCUCUCCCGCUUUUCGCGCUCCUCCACUGUCAGUGGCAGUGCCACCUCUGUUUGGCCGCACUCCGAGCGACGACCCCCAAAAGAGACAAGACCAAGCCAAAGCCCGGAGCAGCGGUGACAGGAAUAUACAAGUGAAAGAUGGAGGAAUGAUGAGAGGACGGUUAGUUGGCGGACAGACAGGAGAACCGCUGUCGCAGAGGACAAGGAGGAGGAGGAGGAGGAGAAGGGACGGAGGAGAGAGGAAAGCAGUCACAUCUGCCGUGACUUUGGGGAUGUCUUUCUGGCAAAGUGAGGAGAAAAAGGGGAGACGCCACAUUCUUCAGAAGCCAAAAAAAUCACCAAUUUUGCGAGAGGAAUGAUUAACAUGUGUCGGAAUUAACGUGGUGGACCAACAUGUCGAUUUCGGAGCGACCUUUUGUCGUUUUUCUGUUUUGCAAUUUCGUCAGUUAAGGUAACGUCUGCUUGAACAUAGUUGCCUUGCGAAGUCAACCUUUUGCUGUAUGUAAGGCUUAAAAAAUAAUAAAUAGCCUACUGUCGCUAGGGGUUUUGUAUUAUAUAGCCUAUAUUUUUAAUUUGAAGCAUCGUUUAGAGAAUGCUUGUCCUCCCGGAGAGAUUUGUUUUGGGGGUAAAUGAGGGCGGUUUUUAAGAGGCGAGACCCCCACCUCCUCCUCCCCCUUACAUAAAUGUUUGCGUGCCGUUAGUGCUCUCGUUCUCGGUCGACCCCCCCUCUCCCUCUCAAUAGGUUGCCGAGUCCCACACGCAGACAGACGCAUCUCGUGCACACAGACGGACCUGGACAUCAUCUCACGCGCACGCAAAACACACACACAUCUCAUGCAUACAUAAUUAUACAGACAGACCUUCGCCCCCCCUCACCCACCCAACCCUCUCACCCCCCUCACUAUCUGAUGACUCCCCGGCGUAGAGGUGGACGUGGUACGGAACCGACUGUAGCAUCAUCAUCAUCAUCAUCAUCAUCAUCACCACCACCACCACCCUUAACACUACCACUGUCAUCACCACCAUCCUCCUCCUCUUCCUCACAACCACCAUGUCCUCGUCGUCGCGCAAGAUCUCCUCUGAGUCGUUCAGCAGCUCGGUGGGCUCGGACUGCGGGCUCGAAAGCCCCGGGGGAGACGCAGGGGACGGCGGUCUGGAGCCGGCGGAGGAGAGCCGAGGGUGCCCCUUCUCCUCCUUCCACUCCUCCCACAGAGCGGUGCUCUGGAACGGCCGCAGCCCGGCGGAGAGGUCGGCGUGCCCGGCGGGAGAGGAGCUGCAGCCACCCGCUGGACCCCACAAGAGGGUCACCAGGAGGAGACGGGUGAACCUGGACUCGCUGGGGGAGAGCCUGAGGCGACUGACCUCACCCACGACACAGACUGUUCAGGAGGCUCUGCAGCGAACUCUACAAUUCUACAGACAACAAGAGAUCAGGUGUCAGGAAGUAGGCAGUGAUGAGACGCGAAGAGAGAAGAGAGAGGAGAAGUGCCCAUUUCUAGAAAAUUCCGGUUCAGAAGAAGAUGUCCUACAAAUCCUACAGUACAUGGCUACCAUACUGGGAGUCCCAUUCUGUGAGCUCAGAGAGCAUUUUGGAGAGGAGUUCUUUGGCCUCUGCUUCGAAGAAAAUGAGCGAGUGCUUCGGGCCGUAGGCGGCAACCUCCAGGACUUCUUCAAUGGCUUUGACGCCAUUUUGGAACAUAUUCGCACCUCCACGGGGCGCCGUGCUUCGUCUGAGAGCCCGUCCUUCCAGUGCAAGGAUCCCUACGAAGAGGAGAAAGGGAGAAGAAAAUUGGACAAAGUUGGAAAAAGAGAUGGAAGAGGGAAGGUGUUGCUUCUGCAUUGUUUUAACCCUGCUCCUGUUGUUGGAUUGGUCAUGCCAGGAUUGAUCAGAGCUGUUGCCAGGCGGAUCUUUCAUUCAGAAGUUGAGGUGGAAGAGGUGCCACCUCUAACUCCCUUAUUGCCCAUUGAAGACACAGAACACACAGACGGCGAAUCCACAACCCCCACCCCAACCGCGUCCCCCACCGCCUCACCCUCCUCGUCCCCGUCCCCUCCCUCUCCUUUCCCGACCUCUGUUCCCACAGUUUGCUUGUCCUUCCAAAUCCAGGAGACAAGCCCUCCUUCCCUCUCCUCCCUUUCAAACGCCGCUUCUGUGAGCACCAAACGGCCCCCCCUCUCACUCUCCACCAACCCCAGUGAUCUGCGCAUUGGCCUGGCCACAUUUUGCCGUGCCUUUCCAUUUCACCUUGUCCUGGGGCCUCACAUGGAGCUACUGCAGCUUGGAGAAGGAUUGAGGAGACAGGCUCGCAUUGAGCCUCACCGGAGCCUCUCAUUCAGGGAAUGUUUUGAGAUUGUCUCACCCAAGAUGGAUCCUUCGUUCCAGGGCAUCCUGCUGAGGCUUGCAUCGCCAUUUACCAUCCGCACCAGGCCCGAUACCACACAGUCUGGCACCAAGGAGAAGGUCAUGGAGUUGAAGGGUCAGAUGAUCCACGUACCUGAGUCCUGCUCCCUGAUGUUUCUGGGCUCUCCACGUGUUGAUAAGUUGGAGGAGCUGAUGGGCAGGGGCCUCCAUCUGUCAGAUAUCCCCAUUCAUGAUGCUACGCGGGACGUUAUCCUGGUGGGGGAGCAGGCCAAGGCCCAGGACGGUCUAAAGAAGAGAAUGGACAAACUUAAGGCCACAUUAGAGCGGACUCACCAGGCACUGGAGGAGGAAAAGAGGAGAACCGUGGAUCUCCUUUAUUCCAUAUUUCCAGGCGACGUGGCACAGAAACUGUGGCAGGGUCAGCCAGUGCCUGCUCGCAAAUUUGAUGAUGUGACCAUGCUGUUCUCAGACAUCGUGGGUUUCACUGCUGUGUGUGCCCAGUGUACACCUAUGCAGGUCAUCUCCAUGCUGAACGAGCUUUACACACGCUUCGACUACCAGUGUGGCAUUCUGGAUGUUUAUAAGAUCGAGACAAUCGGUGAUGCCUAUUGCGUGGCGGGAGGACUUCACAAGAAGGUCGAUAGUCACGCAAAGCCAAUUGCACACAUGGCUCUGAAGAUGAUGGAACUUUCCGAGGAAGUGCUGACACCUGAUGGGAAACCUAUCAAGCUAAGGAUAGGUAUCCACACAGGUUCGGUGCUGGCAGGCGUGGUCGGAGUUAAAAUGCCACGUUACUGCCUGUUUGGGAACAAUGUGACACUCGCCAGCAAGUUUGAAUCGGGGAGCCAUCCGAGAUGCAUCAACGUCAGUCCCACUACAUACCUGUUGCUAAAAGACGACCGCUCUUUUUCAUUUGUCCCUCGCUCACGGCUGGAGCUCCCAGAGAAUUUUCCCAAAGAGAUCCCAGGGACAUGUUACUUCCUAGAGGCGGGGACUUCUCACAGCCAUGCCUCAUUGACCAGCUCUCGCUCUGCUCCCCCGGCCUCUAUGAGGAAAGUCUCCUACAGCAUUGGGACCAUGUUUCUAAGAGAAACUAGUUUGUAGGUCUCACAUACAGAUAUUUACAAUGUGAGAGACUUGAUUUGAACCUGUGGAACAUGCAGAAAAACGGAUCACACGGAUCUUUGGAUAUGCAAAUGCAAUCUGUGAAAACUUGGAUUCAGACCUGUGGGAUGGCUUACAUGAAUGAAACUUUAAAAAACAAAUCCUCUCAUCAUAGGUGAAAAAGAAUAACACGCCCUCAUCUCCCCUGAGCAAGGGAGACACGGUUUAAAAGACUUGAAAAACAGCAACUGUGCUCGUCUCACAUGGACCCUUCCCCAAGGAGGAGUACUGAUGGAGAGAAACCUUAAUAUAAAACAUAGUGAUCUCGCUGGAUUCAGCUCCAUAACUGGUUUCUCUCAAGAGGUCGUCUCUCCCAAACGGCCAAAUCUAGAGGCAACAAAGCUUGGAGAAAACCUGGAGAGAGACCAUUUACGUGACCAGUGUUUCACUCAUUAACAACUGAAUUGCGCAAACAGAACAAAUCCACUUUUUCAUUAACAGAGUGGAUGCAGAGGAAUGAACUUUUAGAAGAUGUGCAUCAUGGCCUCUUGUACAAGGAUGACCACUACUAAAAAACAAUACAACUCCCCUACUGGCUGUCCCUAAAAUCAUGUCACGCUUUACCAAACAUACUUCUAACAUCCGCUGCUCGUUACAUCCAUCUGACCACCGAGGACCAGUUGGUGUGUGUGUGUGUGUGGAGAGACCAAAGAGAGGAGAUAGGUUUGAAAAGGGGUCAUCAAAGGACAAAUGCCAAAAACACUAGAACUCAGCUGAUCUUAGAGCCUUUUUCUGCUUCUAACCCACAGCAAACUAUAACCAACAACAAUCCAGCCAUUUCAUUGCAGGUAAUAUGUUUAGGACUGAAAAUUAUUCCCAGCUCAGUGCCUUUUUACUGCUCAAAUCAGGACAAGUACAAGAUGGGUUCAUUUUAAAUAUCUGAAAAACACAAGGAGCGCUUCAUUUAUCUUAUGUUUCUUCUUAUUUUUUAAAUGUUUUUAUGACAUUUCUGUGUAGAAAGACAGAUGUGAUUGGGGGAAUGACAUGUGCCAAAGGUUAUGAGCCUGUAAUGCUGCAGGCGCCUUAUCCAACCGAGCCACCAGGAGCCCCCACUAGUUGUGUCUUUAAUUUUGAGUAACUGGAAGAUAAAUUAAGCGCUUUUCAAGUAGUUCAAAUAUUUGAAAUCCUAUUCAUCUUUUUUUUUGUCCAGAUCAACCAAUAAUACACACAAUAUAGUACUAAUAAUAUAGUACUAUACUAACUUGUACACAUAGUCACAGUAUGCAUGCUCGACACAGUUCACAUUUACAUACACAAUCUUUUUUCUUUUGCAUUAUUUUUUGUCACCAUGCGGAUAUAAAAGUAAACUCUAGCCCCAUGCAAUUGUAACCAACAGAUUUUAAUUCAUGUUUACUAGUCUGCUGGUAGACUGAGUGUGAUUUUACUCUCUUUGAAUCUCAGGCCUUCCAAACAUUUUAGCGUAGCUCAGUCAUGCAGACACAAGAAAAUAAGUUUUUUCCAAGAUAAUCUUUAUAAAAUAUCAUCAUAAAGUGGGAAGUAAAGAGAUGAAGUUGGAUAAUCUUUUACAGACUUGGCACAUUGCAUUCCUGCCAUUGUUCUCUAGAUCUGACAUCUGUGAAGUUGUAGGCAUUACUUAACAGUGAAUAUUAUGUUGUUUUUUUAUGUUGAUAGGAUUGUUUUUAUUAUUAAAUUACAUACACACAGAGAUUUGUCAACAUCACAUCCAAAUUUUAAGUUAUUUUUUGACAAAAAAGUUCUGAAAUAAUCUACUUUGUUUAAAUGUAAACAUUCUUGGUUUGAAGAAAGGUUUUUUUUGUCAAUAAUACAGCAAUCGAACAAUAUGGCUUAAGUUACUGAUAAAACAAUUUAAAGGCGCAAUGAGUAGAAUAAUAAUUAUUAUUUUUCCAUGACUCUAUUAUGGCUAUAUCAACAUUGAAUGUUGUUUUUACAAACCACAGUGGACAAAUCCUACCUUUAAUAACUAAACUGUUAAAAGCUGAUCUUCAAAAAAGGCAGAAUACAUUAUUGACAAUGGUAAACUCCAGCACAGGUUUUAAUUCUAUUUUAAAUCACGCACCUCCACCAGGAAUGGAAAGGCAUGUUGCAAUGUCACUACAUCUUGCCAAAUAAUCAUACUGGUUGCUGAACCUAUGAAAUAAUAUUUAAUAUCAUGUGCCAAUUCAAUUCUGAGACCCCACCAGCACAGGUUAAUCUUGAGGAUGUGGUUCCUGCUGUUUGCUGUGUACAUUCAGUUGUUAAAGGGCGGGACCAGCACAAUUUGACAGCCAAACACUUUGUCAACUCACUGACCUUGGCUGGGAUUCAGCAGGAACAUAUGUUGGCUAUAAUAUGUAAAACACAGCUUGCAGGAGAACAUCCGAAGAGUAAUUUACCUGGGACAUGAAAACUAAUGCCCAUCUGGCCGAAGGUUUCACCCACUAAAGGGCAUCGUGCCCUCCAACUGAGAUUGACACCAGCAUAAAAAAGCAAUGUGCCAUAUAUGUAGAAAGAACGAGAGGAGGGGGGGAGGAGUAGAGUAGAAUAGUGAAAAUAGAUUUCCUUUCAACCUGCCAGUGUUUGAAAUGGUUAUUAUUGUCAUAAAUAAAUAUAACGACUGGUAUCAGACUCUCUGACAGCAGUAGCAUCAGAAAACUUGACCAAUUACAGGGUAUUCUGUAAAGGUCCAAUGAAAAUAUACAUGUUUAACAAUGUUUUUCUCUCAUCCAUAUUUACUGUAAAUGAAAAUAACUUUCUUGCCGCUUUUAAUCUGCUAUGCAGUAUAGAAUUAAUACGCAACAAUAACACCUAAAGAAAAAUCCAAUCAGUUAAAGACUUGGAAGCAUAGUUUUAGCCUAUAAUAUCAGGAAUUGUAACACAAUGAAAAAAUGUGUAUAAACUCUGGAUUAGGUUCCAUUGUGUUAUGAGUUGACAUGUAAACUUAAGCCUAGAUAUUUAUCUACAGUAUAAAUUGGUAUAAAGAAAAGUGCCAACUAAAAAUUUAAGUCAGUAGAUUUUUUCAGCAUCAUGUUCACAUUUUAUUGCUUUGUGGUGGUAUAACAUACAUACUUUUUUGUGACACUCUAGAGAACCAGAAUCUGCAACAGCUACCUGGGACAUCAGUGAAACGUACAUCUUGUAUAUUUACACAUCAGUGGAUUUUCCCUUUGACAUUUGUCUUUAUAGUAAUCUUGACAUGCCUGUCCAAUAAAAGUCACCAAGGUUCCAUAUAAUUGCCAAAUACACCAGAGAAUAGUUCACAUCUUACAAGAGCUGCGGGAUGUUUCCCAUGUCUUUAGGGCCUGGGAAAGUGUCUCCUGAUGGGCCUUAUGUUUUGCAAAUUAUAAGUAUAAUUGAAUAAUUUGAGAGGCCACAUUUACCCUUUCCCAGAAGACAAAUCUAAAUUGAGCCAGAGAGCAAUUUUUUGUGUGAAAAAGCCUUUAAAAAUAUGUAUCUUAAAAUUCUGCCCUACCAAGCCUAACUGCAGUAACUACAUUUUAAGUCGAAAAUAACUAAAAAUGAACUCCUUGAUGUCUAUUUUAUCUUGUGACAAAGUUUUAGAUUUCAAUUUUGCAUUAUUUCAGAGAAAUAAUAAAAAUUGCAGUAACUACAAAAUCCAACUCAAAACCAAAACAGACCGCAGCAAGUUCACUUACACCAGUCUGAGACAGUGCAGCCUAGUAUUUCUUCAUUGUGUUGAAUAGUAAAGACAAGAAUAAUAGAAAGUAUAGGUUUAUUUAAUAGGGAAAUUAUUAUCUAGAUAGUGAUAAAAUAUAACAUUACUUUAUAAUGGUAUGUCUAAAAUAAACAAAAAUGUGAAUAGAGUUGUUAAACACUUUUAAAUACACUUACAACAAAAUCAUUUUGAAAAUGUUAUUCACUGAAAACAAAAUAUAAAAGUUGAAAGAAGACAACAACAUUGUAGUUUCUGCAUUACAACUAGAACCUUUUACAGCAAAACCAGAGUGCAGUAACUACAUUUUUGGGGUCAAAGAUCAAAUAAAUUGUCAUGAUUUUUGAGCGUAAAAAUUCCUUCAUCAAUACAUGUAGAAAUAAGUGUUGUAUCACUAAUCUACCUAUAACCCAUUUGGCUGGCCAGUUAAAAAACGUUAAAGCAGUUUUUUUCAGUUUUACCCUUUGGGUCGUUACUGCAGUUAGACAUUGUUGGGCAGUACAGGUGAAUAUGUUAAAUUGUUUAACUAAUAGAUAUCACCUUGAAACUUCCCAAGUUGAUUACUUUUAUUUAGACACUGAAAAUAAUGUAUUUUGGAUGUUUCUACAGAAUUUACCUGUAUAUGAAAAAAAACUAUUACUAUUAUUGCAUUAUUGAAGCACUAAAAACAGAAACAAACUGAAUUUCCUGUAAGGUAAACCACUCAUGAGUGUAUCUGACAGUUGUGUUACUGCCCCUUGGGUGACCUUUUUGUAAGACAGGCUGCCACAUAUAGAAACACAUAAACACUCUUAUUCUGUAAUGCAUACAUGCAUUAUUGUGUACUUAAUAAAUAUAUUGUAGCAUAAAUGUAGUGCAGGUGUCAUUCCCACUUAACUUCAGCAGUGUCUGAAUUCUGCAUCGAGUCUAAAUAAAGAACAUUACACCAGCGAUACACCCACGCAACUUGUGUCCAACGCUCAUGUCUCCAAGUCUGUAAAUUUUCAGCAUAAUAUUCAACAUUUGGUCAGAUCUUACAAGUCUUGCUGUUGUGAUGCUGAGGGGUUGCAGGUACUGGUUCUCUACUGUGUUGUUGUCACUAAUGGACCAUUACACUGCAGCAUAUACUGCAGGUCACUUACUCAUACACAGGCAUGCAUCGCAGUUACAGCGGCAAUACAACUGAGCUGUACUGUAGAAGCUGUGUCAAACAAUGAACAUGAACAAAUGUUGUCAUGAGCCUGAAGUGAGUGUGGGAGGGUCCAGUGAGACGAAGCCAAAUACAUCCGUAACUCCAGCAACUGUUGUGUUUGCGUGUGUGUGUGUGUGUGUGUGUGUGUGUGUGUGUCCGUGCCAAACAAUAUAAGGACAUAUUGAGUUUGCAGAUGUACAAACAUAAUAAUUUGUUAAUAAAGGCCUAUUGUACCUGGAACAAAUCUGUACAAUGUAGAUCUAUUUAAUAUAUUAAAACUGAAAAAAUGGAAAUUGUAAUAAAAAUAUAUAGCAGAUUUCUUUUGGUAUAAUCACAAAAUGAUUUGACGUUAUCACAUUUUCCAUUGCUUUGUUGUCCCUUUUCUAUUUCAGAUACUUUUUGUCAGUAUAUGUGCCAUCUAAAGCCACGCUAGUUUUCCCAACAUGUCCCUACAAAAACCACCCCACCCACAAGAAAUGUCUUUUUUUCAAGACUAAAAAAAAGGUAGAUUUUUCCUUUGACACUAUUGUAUUUUUUCAUUCCAAAUCAAAUUUUGAAUGGUUUUCUUAAAUGAUGGAUUCAUGAAACAUUUUCUUCGGCUGAACGAGCAUGACACUGUCAUUUUUAUUGAAAAUUAUAUGUUUUUUGCAGGACAUUGUUGUAAAUUGUCUUGUUGCCAAGAUCAACUCCACCCCCACUGACUUGCAGUGCAAAGGCUCUAAGCUGACGGGAAACUGGUCCCUAUUUGUUCAACAUUAGCCUGGUUUUAACAGCAGCAACAAACAUGGUGGAUGCUUGUCGUCCAUGUCCAGGGUCAAAAAUAAAUAAAUAAAAAUCCAGCACUCCUAAAGGAUGCACAUUACUCCACCAAUCUAUAAAGCUUCGCCCUCAUGAGAAUAGUAGCUUCCAUAACAUUUGUUCACCAGCUCAGUUCAAAACUAAUAAAACAUCUGUGACAUUUAACAAUUCAACAUUUCACUGGGAUCUCUCUCAGAUGAGAUGCCACUUUGGGAACCGCCGGACGAUGUCAAAAAAUGCGGUCAGUGUUUUGUACUUUGAUUCAUGUUGUAAACACACAGAGUCGACCCUGGACAGGAACCCUGUUUGACCCUGUCGUUGGAAUCAGGAGUGUUUGUGGAAGAGGCUUGAUGACAGCUGUUGGUUUCUGACUGACAUGAAAGGGCACAUCUUCUGUCUUAUAUGAUGUAAAUAAAAAAACACCAAGUAUCUUUAAUAAGGAAGAAA